CAGACAACCAAAUCUCUCUCCAUUACAAUGGAUAACGAUUGCAGCAACCUACCCACUUCUCAGUCUAUCCAAUAUGGCCAAGAGAAACAAAGAUAUCUAUUUCUCAGCUUCACUUUCAUGAAAUCACAAUGAUACUCAACAAAAUGAAAAUUCAGCUAGAGGUUAUUCUAUUUCUUCUUGUUGUUCUUCUCAUCAUCUUCCCUAGUAUAAUAUCAGGGAAGUCAGUAAUUGAACCUUGUAAUUCCUCAGACUCUUGUAAUGCUCUUCUCUCUUAUCUCCUUCCUUGGGACUCCAAGCUUUCUGAGAUCUCCUCAAGGUUCCAAGUGAAUGUAACUGACAUUCUAGCCUCCAAUUCAUUAAACCCAACAAUUUCUUUCCCAGAAAACCAAAUUUUUCCUGCAAAUUCUCUUCUUAAAGUACCCAUUUCGUGCCCAUGUGUGGAUGGCAUCCGAAGGUCUGUUUCGACAAAUUACACUGUUGGAGCAAUUGAUACGGUUGAUUCUAUAUCAGCUGGGUAUGGUGGGCUGGUUAGUGCAGAUCAGAUCAAGAUUGUUAAUGGGAUUGAUGAUAAACAUCAGCUAAUGAGUGGCAUGAGCAUUGUAAUUCCAUUGCCAUGUAUGUGCUUCAACAACAGCAUUAAUGGCAUUACGACUGUGUUCAUGUCCUAUGUGGUGCAGAGAGGGGAGAGCUUGAGCAGCAUUGGAGCUACAUAUAGUGCAACUGUGACAGAAUUGGAAGCUGUUAAUGGUCUUUUAGAACCAGUAGUUCAUCCCGGCGAUGUACUAGCAGUUCCAAACCCAGCAUGUUCAUCUGCUAAUCUGGAUUGGUAUAAUGAGAGUUUGAUUGUGCCAAAUGGUUCUUAUGCUCUGACUGCCAACAAUUGCAUCAUGUGUAGAUGUGGAGUGAAUGAUAAAGAUCUCCGGUGUUCUCCAUCUAGUAUCGGAACCUCUUGCUUCCAUCUACAAUGCAAAGGGACCGAUCUCUUCAUUGGUGACAUACGUAUGGAGCAAACGCGAGGGGGUUGCAAUGUAACAAAAUGCAUAUAUCGUGGCCAUUUAGGCCAGAAAAUUUUUAGUAGUUUAGCUAACUCUUCUCAGAUUCAAUGCUCAGGUAACCACAGUGUUCUUAUACUGCCGCCAUGUCCACCUCCAACAUUGCAUAGUUCAGAGAUCCCAUUAACCAAUGCACCUGUAUCGUCUUCUCCAUCACCAGCUUCGGCUUAUAAUUUAUCUGAUCCAUCAAGUAGAAAAAGUGACAACAUUUCUAGUGAUAGUAGAUCAUUUAGAGAUACCUCAUAUUUAUUUCCUCCUAGACUUGCCCUUUUGGUUUGUUUUGUUUAUUUACUUUCCAAGUAGUGCUAUGCAUAUACUGAUUAGCCAGACUUUGUAAUCUGAUUAAAUAUUAUAAUUUGUUAAGUAGGAGUGUCACUAUGAUAGGUAUGGUC